AAGAAUAAUUUCCCGGGCUGCCGUUGCGUGCGAUUGUUCUUGAGUAUUGCGACUGCUUGUUCAUAUCGAAUACAAAGUGACCACAUCGCUGCCCAUCCAGCAUGGCAGGGAGCGAGAGUGAUGUAGUCACGCGCUUGGAGGAAGCCAUUCUUUCACUAAUACGAUGGGUGGCUGUGUCGGAUGUUUUCGGGCCAGACAGUUGCCAAUGGAUCUCGGGCCAAUUCAGUUUCCGCAAAGCUAGGACUGUGGCGCGUUGGGUCGUGAUGAUGAAGCAAAUCAUCAUGCUUAUCCAGAUGAAGACGCACGCGACCAUAAGAGAACUUUUCUAUUCCAGCAUCAGAACAUAUUCUACGCAGGUCGUGACGAAUAGAAUUUUGGCAAAAGUGACACAGUUUCUUGGCGUGCCACGUGAAACACUGCACGUAUUCUCACCUUCCAAGACACUUGUCAGAGGACCUUUUCUCUUGACUGAAAUUUCAUAUUCCGCCGACGUCGAAGUUGACUGCAAUAACGUAUUUGAGACCCGCGGUCAUCAGCUUUCUUCUUUCGGAGUCAGCCGCAUCACCUGCUACGCAAAACCAAAUUUUAUCUUGGUUGUGGAAAAGGAGACGGCAUUUCAGCAUCUCCUUGCAGCUAACUUCAUACAUUGUCUGUACCCUUGUGUUAUUAUGACUGCUCGGGGAUUCCCUGAUCUUGCUAGCCGGAAGCUGAUACACCUGAUGAAUUGUCAUCUCAAUGGCCGGACAAGGUUGUUUUGUUUGUGUGACUAUGAUCCUCACGGCUUGGCUAUAGCGAUGACGUUCGCUUUUGGCGGUGAACAAAACAAGCAGAAAUAUUAUACGGAAGAGUGCGCAAUACCACAGAUGGAGCCGCUCCUACUGCCUGAACCCAAGGAGGCCGUCUCAAAAGGAAUCAUCCGAGAGGAAGACACCAAAUCGAUGACGCCUUUAGACCUGCAUCUGCUUCAGACGUUGCACAGUCGGCUCAAACACCUGGAGCAGCAGUUUCCCAGUCAGCUGCACGCGAGCUGGAGAAAGAGUCUGGAAUCUAUGCUCCAUAACAGGGUUAAAUAUGAACUUGAUGCUUUCAGCGAUCUGCCCGAAGUGGUCGGCUCAAUAAUUUCGGUUACUGUCUCAUUACCAUAGGCCAUUUUCAGUUGCUGUCAACACUAUAAAAAGGCAGUUUGCCUUAGCUUUAACGUCUUCUUCACGAAAAUUCGAAUGCACCACGUGGCAUGCAAGUUAACAAAAACUCAAGCCACAUGGAAGUUUAAAACUUUUCGCAUUGGUAU